CCUUCCCUACGUCAAACCUAAAGCUUCCUCAUUUCCUCAUUCUCCUCUCUGGAAAUAAUCAACGCCUCUUCCUCGGAGCCUCGAUCCGUUUAAUCGGGCAACGGACAGUCAGCCAUGGCAUACCAGCCUCGUGCUCCGAAUGAAAGAAACGGCGAUGAAAGUGAUUCAACUCGUCGACUUUACAAUCCGUAUCAAGACUUGCAGAUCCCGGCACAAACACUAUACAAGCUACCUACAUCCCCGGAGUACCUCUUCCCGGAGGAGUCCCGCGCGCAACGUCGUUCCUGGGGAGAGAAUCUCACGUACUACACUGGCGUAGGUUAUUUGGCCGGUUCCUCCGCCGGCGCCGCCAAGGGAUUCGUCUCUGGCGUCAAGUCUAUCGAGUCUACGGAUACCCUGAAGCUGAAAAUCAACCGGGUACUCAACGGGUCGGGUCAUACCGGGCGCCAGAUUGGAAACCGAUGCGGGGUCAUCGGACUGCUGUACGCAGGGCUUGAGAGCGGCAUGGUGGCUUAUAGGGAUACGGAUGAUGUGAUAAACAGUGUGGUGGCCGGACUUGGCACCGGGGUGCUCUACAAGGCAGCGGCUGGGCCUCGUUCUGCAGCUGUGGCAGGGGCAAUUGGCGGUAUGCUGGUGGGGAUCGCCGUUACAGGCAAACAGGCAUUGAAACGAUACGUGCCCAUUUGAUUACUUAUUAUAUAUUUUGAAAGUAAUUAUGUUUUCGAUAUCCAUUAGUUAGCCAUUUACUUUUAGUUUAUGCUGAAAAUUGCAAUUUUUUUUUAUCGUAUUUUGAGGUACUGUUGUCAUGUGUUGCUGUUUUGACUUUAAAUCCUCGUCCAGGCAUAGGCCAGACCAGUUUCCUGA